AUGUUAGGUGGUGGUGUCUCUCGUAUUUCGCAUCAUUUUCGAGAGUGCGACCUCCAUUUUCACUUGGGUCUACCCUUCGGAUUUAGUUACUGUGGUCUUCAGAGCUUUCACCUUUCGUUCCCAUGGCCUCUAAAACCUUGUUUGGGAGGUAUCGCCAUUAUUCGGAAGCAAAACAGAAUGCCAUCAAAGUACUACUGUUCUAGCACCCCAUCCAAGUCUUCUGGAGAAAUUCCCCUCCUUUUUGAUUGUUGCAGCCAACAAGAAGAUGAACGUGAAAUUCUCUCUGAUGGAAUAUCUGCAGUGGCAGGUGGAAUUGUAGCAUUGGGAAAGUUUGAUGCUCUGCACAUAGGUCAUCGAGAACUUGCAGUUCAAGCAUCAAGGGCUGGACCUCCGUUUCUUUUAUCAUUUGUUGGGAUGGCAAAAGUACUUGGUUGGGAACAUAGGGCUCCCAUAGUUGCUAAAUGUGACCGAAAGCGAGUUCUUUCAUCUUGGGUUCCUUAUUGUUGUAACAUGGUCCCAGAAGAAUUCCACGUUGAAUUUUCAAGUGUGCGGCAUCUCAGUCCACGACAAUUUGUUGAAAAGUUAUCAAAAGAGCUUAGGGUGCGAGGAGUUGUUGCUGGUGAGAACUACAGAUUUGGAUAUAAAGCAGCUGGUGAUGCAUUGGAGCUAGUAAAGUUGUGUGAGGAGUAUGGAAUGGAAGCUUAUAUCAUAAAAUCUGUUAUGGACAAGAAUCGUUGCUCUGCAAAUAUAAAUUCUAGUACUAAUUCCAAAGAGAGGGGACAGGUCUCAUCAACUCGAGUUCGUGAAGCCCUUGCUGUAGGAGACAUGAGGUAUGUCUCAGAGCUUUUGGGUAGACAACAUCGUCUGAUAUUAAUGGCCACUGACCAAGAAAGAUUCAAUAUUGGUCAGUAUAAGAUGUCAGCUCCAAAAUCGUGCUUAUUGAAUCUAGCACCAAAGGAAGGUUUAUAUGAGAAGUGUUCACUUUUCCUUGGUCAAGAAAAUGUUAUGCAGUGUAGAGUAGUUAUUGACACCAAGUUUGUCUAUGUAGAAACAGAUUACGGAGGUCUGAGUGAUAUUUUUGGUACUCAAAAUUUGCAGUUCUUGCAUAUUGAAUUUAGUGAUUCCAGCUCUUGAUUUAGUUUAGAUGAUUAUUUCUAUUUAAAAUCAUAGUCUAUUGAGUUAUGGAUGAUUUUCAUCGAUCC